AAGGACUCGAGCCCCGUGUUUUCGUCCGUGUCUCUUUUUUUUUUCUUUGCUGGAGAUUUUCCAUUCGUCUGAGCACAAGUAACAAGAUGCAGAUCUUCGUGAAAACCCUAACGGGAAAAACCAUCACUCUCGAGGUCGAAAGCAGCGACACCAUCGAUAAUGUUAAAGCCAAAAUUCAGGACAAGGAGGGCAUUCCCCCUGAUCAACAAAGACUAAUUUUUGCUGGUAAACAAUUGGAAGAUGGCCGUACUCUUGCAGAUUACAACAUCCAAAAGGAAUCGACCUUGCACCUGGUCCUGAGGCUUAGGGGCGGAACCAUGAUCAAGGUCAAGACUCUUACUGGAAAGGAAAUCGAGAUUGAUAUUGAGCCAACUGAUACCAUUGAAAGGAUCAAGGAGCGUGUUGAGGAGAAAGAGGGGAUUCCUCCAGUGCAGCAAAGGCUUAUUUAUGCUGGUAAGCAGCUUGCAGAUGACAAAACUGCUCGGGACUACAACAUUGAAGGUGGAUCUGUUCUUCAUCUCGUUCUUGCACUGAGGGGUGGUUCUCUCUAGUUGUUUGCUUGAUUUGGAACAUGUAUAAGUACUAUGGUGUAUGAUGUGAAUAAGAGAUUAUGACAGGGAAAUAGAUCCUGACAUUUUUCAAUACUUGCUAGUAAUUAAUUAAGCUUAACAGUCAUUAGAUUACAACUGUGGUACAAUUGAAUUCAAUUGAGUUGUUCAAUCUUAUGGAA